CAAAUAAGAGUUUGAAAAAGUGUGGGAAAGGCGUGUCCAAAUUUUUUUCUGAGAAAAACUUCUUUUAUACUUAUUAUCGAAGCGUAAAUGAUUACAAAUCGAAUAUUGUUACAAGAACUAAUUUAGAGUUAUAUAACGUGAAUAAAGUUAAUAUUGGGCCUUUUACUCAUGCUC